ACCACAUCCACCAUGUAUGGGAGGGACAAGGACGAUGACGCGAAUGAUAACGACCCAGCUUUCGUUACGUUUUUCGGAAAACUGCCUGCAAAAUCUCCAGAGACCGGGACCUUGCGACUGUUCCACCGGACGGCGCCUGAUGAAUUCUACUCUGCUUAUGGACCUGACGCGCUGUAUGCAGCUACUCAUGUAAUCAAAUACCUCGGAGCUGGAGGGCGAACUGUCGGGCUUCCUUAUGUCUCUCUUAAAGUCAGCAUAGCCCAAAUGCUGCUUAGGGAAGCCCUCACGACCAAACAACUCCGUGUCGAGAUCUGGGAACCCGAAAGUCAAGGGAAGAAGUGCUCCAAGUACAGACUGGAGAAGGAGGCAUCUCCUGGGAAUCUUCAGGCUGUGGAGGAUCUGCUUUUUGUCUCGUCCGACCUACUCUCAGCUCCCAUUGUCAUGGCCAUCAAGGUUAAUACUACUUCGGCGGCUGGAGGGGGAAAAGACAAAGUCAAGUCUGUCGGCAUUGCGUUCGCAGACACGAGCAUACGCCAGCUGGGCGUAGCUGACUUUGUGGAUAAUGAUUUAUUCUCAAAUACUGAAUCGCUUAUCAUCCAACUGUCUGUCAAAGAGGCCAUCCUUCCGACAGGAACUUCCUCAGGAAAUACGGAUCGGGACCUUGACCUUAACAAACUAAAAGCCGUCCUUGACCGCUGCGGUGUAGUGAUCACUGAGCGAAAGCCUAGCGAGUUCAUGGCCAAAAACAUAGCCGACGAUUUACCACGCCUCUUGUCAAAGACCCCAGCACCGGCGACUGGAUCUGCUGAUGCAUCGGUUUCUAUUCCCCAACUUUCGCUUCCUGUUGCACCGGCUGCGCUCUCUGCACUGAUAGCAUAUCUGUCGCUCCUCGCAGAUCCAACCAAUCACGAAGCAUAUACCAUCCGGACCCACGACUUGUCCCAGUAUAUGAAGCUUGAUGCAAGUGCGCUGCGCGCUCUAAACCUGACAGAAGCUCCCGGAAAUGCUGUGAGUUUUGGCUCUUCCAGGGCACGACCACACGUAAUACGACCCUUCUCGGUCUUCUCAACAAAUGCAAAACGGCUCAAGGGACAGCGUCUUCUCGCUACGUGGCUCAAGCAGCCACUAGUCAACCUCCAUGAGAUUCGGAGACGCCAAAACUUGGUGGAAAUAUUUGUCGAUGACUCAAAUUCGCGCCGUAGUCUUCAGGACGACUACAUGAAAAUGAUGCCCGAUUUGCACCGGCUGUCAAAACGAUUCCAGAAGUCCUUGGCAUCCCUCGAAGACGUCGUUCGCGUGUAUCAAGUUGUUCUAAAGCUUCCUGGCAUGAUUGAAACACUGAAUGACGUACAAACCAAAGAAGAGCACGCGUCCUUGAUAGAUGAGGCUUACCUCACCGCUUUGCGUGAACACGAGGCCAACCUUUCAAAGUAUAGUGAGAUGGUGGAACAGACGCUCGACUUGGAUCAGCUCGACCAUCAUAGCUAUGUCAUCAAGCCAGACUUCGAUCCGAGAUUGAAAGAAUUCGCCGAGGAGCUGAGCAAGAUUCGUGACGGCUUAGAUGAAGAGCACCAAUCCGUCGGGGACGAUCUCAACAUGGAGUUAGACAAGAAACUUCACCUAGAGAACAGUCAAGUGUAUGGAUACUGUUUCCGUCUAACGAAAAAUGAUGCCAAGGGCCUUUCAACGAAGAAGUAUAUUGAGCUAGGAACCAUUAAAAGCGGCGUUUACUUUACCACGAAGACGUUAAAAAAUCUGGCAGAAGACUUCAAGGACAUAUCAGACAAGUACACCCGAACCCAGAGUGGUUUGGUCAAAGAAGUCGUUAACAUAGCAUGUGAGUACAGCCAACUUGUUUCUUCUUCUCCUCAUCUCCUCAUACCCCUGGAUGUAGCCACAUACACUCCAAUCCUGGACUUCGCCCAUGUGUCCGUUAAUGCUCCUGAACCUUACGUCAAACCGACAGUCUUUGAGAUGGGUACCGGAAGCUUGGUCCUUAAAGACGCUCGGCAUCCCUGUCUUGAAGUUCAAGACGACGUUCAUUUCAUUGCCAAUGAUAUUGAGAUGAUUAAAGGCGAAAGCGAGUUCCAAAUCAUCACCGGUCCCAACAUGGGUGGAAAAUCAACGUACAUUCGACAAACGGGUGUGAUUGCUCUGAUGGCCCAGACAGGAUGCUUUGUGCCUUGUUCCGAAGCGAAACUCCCUGUCUUUGACUCAGUAUUAUGCCGCGUGGGAGCAGGGGAUAGUCAGUUGAAGGGCGUCUCCACUUUCAUGGCGGAAAUGCUAGAAACAGCAAUCAUUCUUCGUUCGGCGACUCCGAACUCUCUCAUCAUCAUUGAUGAACUUGGACGAGGUACCUCGACGUAUGAUGGAUUUGGCUUAGCUUGGGCGAUCUCAGAACACAUUGCUUCCAAGAUACACGCCUUUUGCCUUUUCGCGACACAUUUCCAUGAGUUAACUGCGCUGGACCAGCAAAUCUCUCAUGUGAAAAAUUUGCAUGUAGUAGCUCACGUUGCUGAUACUCCAGACGAGAAUCAGCGACGGGACAUCACACUACUGUACAAGGUCGAGCCGGGUAUUUCGGACCAAAGUUUUGGUAUACAUGUUGCCGAGUUGGCGAAUUUCCCCGAAAGUGUUGUCAAGCUCGCACGUCGGAAGGCAGAGGAACUGGAAGAUUUUGGUGGUGCCGAAGAUUCAGCCGAUGACAACAUGCCCGUAGAAGUGACAAAUGAAGGGAUUGCCAUCGUCGAGGAACUACUUUCCACUUGGGCUGCAUCGCAGACUCAAGACGAUGAGGACGUCGUUAUGGAAGAUAUUGAUGGCGUCUCUCCGGAAGUCCAAUUAGAGAGCCUGAAGCGAUGCUUCGAUAACUUCAAGCCAAAGAUAGAGGGCAACGCUUGGCUUCAGUCCUUGCUUGCGACACUCUAGUCCUUCAUUUCACCCCGGAUGCUUGAGUAUUUGUAAACAUUGUAUUAAUAGCUUGCUUUGUCGUUUGUGUAUAAUGCUUUGUGUAAACAAUUUGAUGAUCAACUACUUCCUUGAAGUACAUGUUCCGU